GCCGCAACAGAAACGUGAAGUCUAGCACGAUCCAAAACGCGCCGAUCUUUACGCAAGUGUGGGAAAUGGUGUAAAUUAGUGUUAAAACCCAAUCAAAACUUAACUUUCAGCCUUACGGUGUGUCGAAGAGCGGUAAUAAUUCACUGUACGUUCGAAUCGAAUCGAGAGUUUUGCUCCGUUUGAUGCUGAAAGUAGCCGCUGGUGGGACCACGUUUUCGACCGGCAAGCGACAAGCGGCACAAUGUUGACAAACAAAGUGUUUAUGAAAAAAACCAAACGCGGCAAUAUUCUGAAAAUUGUCCGCGAGCACUACCUGCGCGAUGAUAUAUGGUGCGGCUCGGCCGCCUGCCAAACCUGCCCGGCGGACGAGAACGCGGCGCUGCUGGACGAGGUGCCGGAACCGGUGAGCGAGCGGUUCGCCUUUCCGCACUACCUGCUGCUCGACACGAACGUCAUACUCUACCAGAUGGACCUGCUGGAGGAGAGCGCGAUCCGGAACGUGAUCAUCCUGCACACGGUGCUGGACGAGGUGAAGCAUCGCAGCGCGGUCGUGUACAAGCGGCUCCGGGCCGUGCUGUCCGAUCCGGCCCGCAAGUUCUACACGUUCGUGAACGAACACCACAAGGAUACGUACGUGGAGCGGGAACCGGGCGAGUCGGCGAACGACCGCAACGAUCGAAUGAUUCGGACGGCGGCCGAAUGGUAUGGGAAGCAUCUUGCCCCACGGGUGGGCAAGAAGUCGGCCGGGGCGGGCGUACGCAUCGUGCUGCUGUCGGACGACGCAGACAAUCGUGCCAAAGCGAUGGCACUCGGGCUGAACACGUGCUCGGCCUUGGAGUACAUGAAGGCGGCAAAGGCCACGUUUGCCCAUCUGCUGGACAAGAUUGCCCAGCGUGAGCUGGUGAGCGAAUCGAAGGAUCCACUGUUUCCUUCCCAUCUCACGAUGCUGCAGAUACACGAGGGCAUCAAGGGCGGGAAGUUGAUGCAGGGCGGGUUUUUGGCGUCACGCGAAAAUUACCUCGAGGGGUAUGUGCGGGUCGAGGGCAUCGAGAAGGCGGUACUGAUUCAGGGACGCAUGAAUCUGAACCGUGCCGUCGAUGGAGAUACGGUCGCGAUCGAAAUGCUGCCCGAAAGCGAAUGGAAAGCGCCGAGCGAUGUGGUGCUGGUGGACGAGCAGACCGACCCGGGCGACAUGGUCGAACCGGACCCGACGUUUAGCGUGAAGCCGCAGGCGGAACGCGAACCGACCGCCAAGGUGGUCGGCAUCAUUAAGCGCAAGUGGCGCCAGUACUGUGGCAUACUGCUGCCCAGCCACAUCCAGGGCUCGACGCGCCACAUCUUCGUGCCGGCGGAGCGCAAGAUACCGCGGAUUCGGAUCGAGACGCGCCAGGCGGCGACGCUCCUGUCCCAGCGCAUCAUCGUUGCGAUCGACCAGUGGCCCCGGCACUCGCGCUACCCGCAGGGCCAUUUCGUGCGCGCCCUCGGACCGAUCGGCUCGAAGGAAACGGAAAACGAGGUCAUCCUGCUGGAGCACGACGUACCGCACAGCCGGUUCUCGGAGGACGUGCUGGCCUGCCUGCCCGAGCUGCCGUGGACGAUCACGGCUGCGGAUCUGCAGCGGCGGGUGGACCUGCGCGGCAUCACCGUCUGUUCGGUCGAUCCGCCCGGCUGUACGGACAUUGACGAUGCGCUGCACGCGCGCCGUCUGCCCAACGGAAACAUCGAGGUCGGCGUACAUAUCGCGGACGUGGGCCACUUCAUACGGCCGGGCACGGCGCUCGACCGGGAAGCGGCAUCGCGGGCCACCACCGUCUACCUGGUGGACAAGCGCAUCGACAUGGUGCCGGGACUGCUCAGCUCCAACCUUUGCUCGCUGCGCGGUGGCGAGGAACGUUUCGCGUUCUCCUGCAUCUGGGAGCUGGACGACGAGGCCAACAUCCGGAACACCCGGUACCACAAGAGCGUGAUCAAGUCGAAAAGUGCGCUCACGUACGAGGAGGCCCAGAUCAUCAUCGACGAUGCGAAGCAGACGAACGACGUGGCCACCUCGCUGCGCCUGCUGAACCGGCUGGCGAAAAUAUUGAAAAAGCGGCGCACGGAAAAGGGCGCCCUCGUGCUGGCGUCGCCCGAAAUUCGCUUCCAGGUGGACAGCGAAACGCACGAUCCGAUCGACGUGAAGGCGAAGCAGCUGCUGGAAACCAACUCGAUGGUGGAAGAGUUCAUGCUGCUCGCGAACGUUUCGGUCGCGGAAAAGAUCGAACAAGAGUUCCCCGAGUGUGCGAUGCUCCGGCGGCAUCCCUGUCCGCCGCAGGCCAACUACGAGCCACUGGUGAAGGCGGCGGAGCAUCAGGGCUUCGAGAUACUGACCACGAGCGGCAAGGAGCUGGCCACCAGCCUGGACAAGGCGGUCAAGCCGGACAAUCCGUACUUCAACACGAUGCUGCGCAUACUGGCCACGCGCUGCAUGAUGCAGGCCGUCUACUUCAUCAGCGGCACCGUGCAGCGGGACGAGUUCUUCCACUACGGUUUGGCCGCCCCGAUUUACACCCACUUUACGUCUCCGAUUCGCCGGUACGCCGACAUCAUCGUGCACCGGCUGCUGGCGGCCUGCAUCGGGGCCGAUUCCACCUACCCGGAGCUGCUGGACAAGAAGGUCAACUCGAACCUGUGCAACAAUCUGAACUACCGCAACCGGAUGGCACAGUACGCGGGCCGCGCCUCGGUCGCGCUGCACACGCAUCUGUUCUUCCGCAAGCGCUCGGAGGACGAGCAGGCGUACAUACUGUUCAUCCGCAAGAACGCGCUUCAGAUACUGGUGCCGAAGUACGGGUUCGAGGGUACGAUUUACGUGACGGGGCGCAACAACGAGGAGAUCAAAACGGGCGUCCGGUUCGUGUACGACGAGGAGCAGCAGACGCAGCGCUGUGGCCAGGUUGUGUUCCGCGCGUUCGAUCCGGUGAUCGUGCGGCUCAGCCUCGACUCGACGAACGUGCAGCACGAAAAGCUCGUGUUCGAGCUGGUGAAACCGUACAUCGAAGGGUUCAGCGUGAAGGCGCAAGGUGCGGACGCGGAAGUGGAAACGCCGAAGCGCAAAGGCGAGCCGCAGCAGACUACGAAGUCGAAGAAAAACAAGAAGGCAAAGUAAGGAAAUUGUAAUCAAACAUGUUUUUUAGAAUAAACGCGUUAACGCUCCUCCCCUA